CGGAGGCACAACAAUGUUUACACUUUUACUGUAAACUUUACUCAACAUUUCUUUCACAAUGCACAAUGCUGGAGCAUUCUGACUGCUGUACGAAAGCCUGUCAAAACAUCAGUUCUUGGACUAAUGGGUGUUUGACAUUUUUUUCAUGAGUUGCUGACCAGACCCCUCUCCAUGGGGUGAAUGACGACCAGGACAUUGUGCUGCUCAGUCCGGGGUCAUGAGUUCCAGAAGAUGUUGGCUGGUUCUGCUGGCUGGCUGUGUGUUGUCCUCGCUGCUCUUGUACUACCUGGCCAGGUGGGGGGAUGACAGACACCUUGCCUGGUGGUUUGGACGUGGUAAUGUGUCCUACGUGACCUACUUUCCUCAUCGCGCUUGGAGGAACCAGUCGACUAAGACAAUCCUGCUAUGGACGACACGGUUUGGCCGACCAUUCUGGGCCCUGGCAGGUUAUGAGACAUUCAAAUCGUGCAAGGUGUCAGCGUGUGAGUUCAUCACGGACCACAACCGAAUCAACGACAGCGACGCGCUCCUGUUUCACCCCAAGGACAAAGACCUCCUGAUCGAGCCGCUUCCCACACACCACCCAGACCACCAGGUAUGGGUGUUGGUGAACCACGAGCCUCUAUUUCGGCUUGACCUUGACUUUAGUCGCUAUGACGGCGUCUUCAAUUGGACGGCGAUGUACCGUCGCGACGCUGAUGUGUAUUCCCCUUACGGUGGCCUCAUGCGACGAGAUAAACCUUUUCAGUCAUGGGAGACGGAGACAGACCCAGACUUGUUAUCUCUGGGACGCACCCCCCACAAUGUCUCCGGCUUUCCUCCUUCGCUCGCUGCCUCCAAGAAGCUGGCGCUGACAGACUUCCACGCGCAGAAGACGAAACUUGUCGCCUGGGUGUCCAGCAACUGUGUCGACCAGUCUCGCAGACGACGUGUGGUGAACCAGCUGAGCCGGCAUCUCCCCAUAGACAUGUACGGAGACUGCGGGAACCUCACGCUCGGCAAAUCGGAGCAGGACUCGGUACUCACCAACUAUCGCUUCUUCCUGUCCUUUGAGAGCUCUCUGUGCCGUGACUACGUGACCGAGAAGUUUUGGGCGGCUCUGGGGCAGAAUCAGAUCCCCGUGGUGUUUGGCGCUGCAGACUACUCCCAGGUGGCGCCACCCAACAGCUUCAUGGACGUGCGAGACUUCCGGUCGGUCCGCGACUUGGCCGAUUACAUGAAGGAGGUGGAUUCGAACCCCAGCCUGUACAACCAGCACCUGUGGUGGACACAAUACUACCGCGCCGUCUCGGACUACCAGUUGUUUAUGACGUGCGAGCUGUGCCGAGUGUUGCAUGAUGGGAGGCGGCCGGCCAAGACGUACACCGACCUCCAGGGCUGGCUGAGUAACGACACGUGCUCUAUGCAUUCU